AUGUGUUCUAAGCAUCCAAAUUAAGCAUUGUCUAAUGUUCUUAUAAAUCAUAGAUAACAAGGAUUAUGUUGUUAACAAUGCAUAUAUUAAGAUAAUUUACCAUUAUAAUAAGUUGUUCCUUUACAAUAAUUCCUCACUUUAGUUAGAUAAGAGAUUAAUAAUAAAAUUAACGAUAUUCAUGAGGAAAAAAAGAUUACUACUCAAUAUGAAAAAUUACAUAUGGAUGUAUUGAAGAAUAUACAAUAAACAUUUAAAUAAAUACAAAACUUUGUUUUUCAGCAAUCCUAUCAAUAAAUGAAAUUAAAUGAAGAUGUCUAUUAAGCAUAAACUUUAAUUGAAUAAAUUGAAUAAAGAUAGAUUACUAAUCGAUAAGCUCAAGAUAAUGUCAUAUUAUUAUUGGAAAAAUCAAUUAAUUACAAUGGCAAAUAAUUUGAAUUGAAAAAUAAUAAUGGUAAACAAUUUAAAGAUUAAUUAAAUAAUGUAAUAUAAAGUUAUAAUCAAUUGUAAGUGAUGUAAUCUAUUUUAUAAUUACAAAAUAAUAUAGAAUAGAUUUUUAAGAGACUUUCAUAAUAAAAAGAAUUCACAAAUAAUUAUAAUAAUACUUAAAUAAUUUAAUAAACUACUUAAGUUUAAAAAUAAAAAUAUGAAUAUACAAAUGCUUAAUAAAAUUAAUAAUAUGUUCCAUAAUAAUAAUAUAAUUAAUUAAGUUAAACUAUGCAAUUAAAUAAUUCAAAUUAAACAAUUUCACCUUAAAAUAAAUAAAUUGAAUAUUCAAGAUAAAAUACACAAUCUAAAAAUGCUACUCAAAGUUCAAGAAGUCAUUCAAUAGAAAAUAAAUAAGUAUAAUAUUUAGAUCAAAGUUAAAAUUAUUAAACUGAUAGAUCCUUAACACCAUAAUCUAUGAAAACUGAUUAAUCUAAUAAACCAUAUUAAUUUUAAUCUGGAUUAUUAUUUGGAGAAUAACUUAAAAGAACUAUAAAUGAUAAAUAAUAAGAAUAAAUUAGAUAAUAAUAAAAUACUAGUUCUUCUUUAAUAAGUAGAUCCAAUUUAUUUCCAAAAACAGAAAAAUAAUAUUCAAUUAAAGCUCAUGAUAAAAGAAUAUCAUAAUUACAAGUAGGAUAAUUAUGUAUUUUUACAAGUUCUUAUGAUAAAUUAAUUAGAGCUUGGGAUAAAGGAAAUGGAAAAAUGAUAGCAACUUUAGAAGGACAUACAAGAGAGAUUGUUAAUAUAAAAUUUAAAUUUGAUACUUUGGCAUCUUGUGGUUAAGAUAAAGUGAUUAGAGUAUGGAAACAUCAUCCAAGAUGGUAAUUAAUUGGUAAUUUAAAAGGACAUUAAGGAACAAUAACAUGUUUAGAUUUCUUAAAUCCUAAAUAGUUAUUAUCUGGAAGUGAAGAUUAAAGUAUAAAAAUUUGGGAUUUAGAUAAAAUGUUAGAAAUUUAUUCAUUAAAAUUUGAUUUUGGUAUCUAUUCAUUAGCUAUAUAUAAUGAAAAACUCUUUGUUGGAGGUGAUGGUAUCUUAAUUGUUCAUUAAUGUCCAUAAUUAUAAUAAACAAAUUUUAUAUAAUUACAUGAAUCACCUAUCUUAAUCAUUUUAUAGACUAAAUUAUAUAUAAUAACUAUUGAUAGAGAAGGAAUCAUUAAAUUAUUGAAUUAAUAAUCAUUUUAAGUAAUCAAAGAACUUAGAGAUGAUUAUGAAAUUAGUAGUGCAUUAUAUAUUUAAUAAUUCAAUUUCUUAGUUAUUGGAUUAAGUACAAAGAAUGGAGAAGGAAAGAUUUGUUUUUGGUCUUUGGAUACUUUUCGUAAAAUUAAGGAAAUCUAUGAUAAUGGAUCUGGAGUAGGUGGAUUAGCAUGGGAAUCUCCAUAUCUAUGGUCUGGUCAUGAUAAUAAAAGAUUGGAGAAUAUCAAAUUUUUAUAAUAAUCAUGA